AUGAAGCUGAUCGUUCUCUGCGCCGUGCUGGCCGUGGCCUGUGGCAAGAGCUACCCCAAGAGUGACAUCAAGACGCCCUCCAAGACCUACGGAACUCCCAAUAAGGAUGCCGAGCUUGUCAAGAAAGCUGGCAGCGUCGCAGGACUCGCUGGAGGCCCUGCCGCCAAGCUCACCCUCGGGCGUCGGUCCCAAGGACUUGUCAGCAACCAACUCGGAGGGUUCAACGCCUUUGGAGGAAGAUUCAACUCCUUCGGUGGCCUGAACUCGUACGGUGGAUCCUACAACCCGUACUUUAACGGAUUCCCCGGUCCGUAUUACGGCCCGUACUAUAACGGAUACGGGGGAGUCGAAGGUCUGCCGUUCUCUCAGCUGUUCGGUUAUGGCCCGUACGGGCAGGUUUACGGAAACUUCAACCAGAGGUUCGGAGGACGGUACGGAUACUAUGAUAACUACAACUACGGGUUCCCCCUGAACCUUGGAUACGGAAAUGGAUACAACAACUUCCUUCCGUACAAUGGAUAUUUUUAA